AUGGCCUCAGGGUCGAUCGACUCCCCAUCACCAGAAGAAUCUCGUGAGCGCCGCAGGCCUUCGUCUCCGAUGCAAGGCGAAGAGGGGACACCGUAUGCAGCCCGUGCGGCUGUUGGCGCAGCCGCAGUCAGCAACUCCUUCUUUCCACUGGGGUAUCGCGAGGGGUUCAGCCAAUGGUGGGCGCGACUUCCUGCGGCAGCCGCAGAGCACAAGGUGCUGUCCUACCUGCCAUACCUUCACCAUGAACCUCCCACCCAUCUGCAAACAGGAAAUACCGGAAGCUUUCCCAACGGAUCCACGCCGGAGAGCCUCCAGUCCGCCGACCAUACACAACAGGGUCAAAUCUCUACCAAUUCCUCUGACGAUCCGUACGGGCCGCGCCGAUGGAGCUCCAGCAUGGUCGAGCUGUCCGGGAAGGACCGGGCGCUGAAUGAAUUCUCGGUGGAACGCGUCGGGGAAGAAGCAGAGCAGCAUCUGGUCAUGCUGCACGGCUACGGUGCGGGACUGGGCUUCUUCUACAAGAAUUUCGAGCCCUUGAGCCGGCUGAAGGGCUGGCAAUUGCACGCCCUCGACAUGCUGGGCAUGGGUCGCAGUACGCGGCCACCAUUCAAGAUCAAGGCGAAAGAAAGAGAGGAGGCCAUUCGCGAGGCCGAGGCAUGGUUUGUCGAUGCCCUGGAAGAAUGGCGGAUCAAGCGUAAGAUUGAUCGCUUCACAUUGCUGGGCCACAGUCUGGGUGGAUAUAUGGCCGUGGCGUAUGCCUUGAAAUACCCUGGGCAUCUGAACAAGCUCAUCCUAGCCUCCCCAGUCGGUAUCCCGGAGGAUCCCUACGCGAUGGCCUCGGACGUCACCGAACCCUCUGAUUCCACCCUUGUCAACGAAGUCACCCAGGACCAACAAGAGAUCACCGCUUCCGCUGCGGUCCCGGGAUCGGCUCCCAAGACCACCGACGGUAGCUUCAUCACCGGGCGUAACCCAGAGCCUGGCGCAGCGGCGGUCAAUCGGCCUCCGCGUCGAAAUAUGCCCAAGUGGUUUGCCUAUCUGUGGGAUGCCAACAUCUCCCCAUUCAGUUUGGUCCGAUGGUCUGGUCCCCUGGGCCCACGGAUAGUUUCUGGGUGGACUUCGCGUCGGUUCUCCCACCUUCCAGCCGACGAGGCAAAGGCACUUCACGAUUACUCGUACUCGAUCUUCAGUCAACGUGGGAGUGGUGAAUAUGCUCUUGCGUACAUCCUGGCCCCUGGGGCUUUUGCUCGCAGUCCUCUUAUCCGCCGAAUUCAUGGCGUGGGUCGCCAGAUGAUUGCCGCUGAGAACAGCCCACUGCCUAACCCAGCCUCGAACCCUUCCUCGUGUUCCUUGUUCCCCAAACCACCGAGCCCCCCUGCCGAUCCCCAGGAAGCAACCGAAGCAGUUCCCCCUUCUCACUCCACCGAGGCAUCCGCUCCACGUCGGGAGAAUGGAAUUCCAAUCGUCUUCAUGUAUGGAGAUCACGAUUGGAUGGAUGUCUCCGGCGGCCACGCCGCCGCUGCCCGUCUUGAAGAAGAGAAGCAGCGCACCCUAGCCAAUGCUCCGCCUGAGGAACGUGAAAAGGACCAAGGUUCAUCCAAGGUGGUCGUCAUCAGUCGAGCUGGACACCACCUCUACCUGGACGGAUGGAAAGAGUUCAACAAGGUGGUUCUGGCUGAGAUGGAAGAGGUCAGUCAGCGUGAGAAACGGACGUGA